AUGCUGAUUGGAACACAUUCGGAUGGAAACAGGCAUUGCAUGAAAAAAAUUAAAAUUGGGACAGUUGGGCUGGCCAAGUGCGGGGGGUUGGGGCCAGCGAUUUUUGAGGAUGAUGUAGAAAGUACUCUCCUCGCCGCCGCUGAUAUUUCCGUUGCCGCCUCCGAUCGGGCCUGGAGGUGAUCAGGUGGAGCGAACGGAGAGAAGCAAAAGCAAGAAAAGAAAGGAUCAGGAAAAUCCCGACUGCAGAUGGGGCCCCAGGCGAUUAUCCAGCGCUCAGACAGCGGCCAAACAAGCGCGGCCCUUGGAGGCAGCGAAGAAAAGGAAGAAGAUCAGACGGGCCCACCUCAUCACUUGUUCUUUUUUCUCUCUAUCCCACCCUCUUCUCGGACAGCCAGCAGGCACCUUCAAUCCUCAGCUCUAG